AUGGAAUCAUUAAUGGAAGAAUAUCGGCAUGUUGAUGGCAUUAAGAUUGCUCCCAGUGGAAGGAUGUCGGUUUCAUUGUUCAGGUCCGGUGAGACUAUAGAUGGACAUGUGAGAACGCAAAUGGAGGAGUUAUGGACAAUAGAAGAGGUAGAUUUCAAUAUACAGGGCCUAACCAUGGAAUGUUUCUUGCCUCCUGCUAGCCUUCAAGAAGGAAAAAAAAGAAUGAAUUAUAUGCAUAACUCUAAAAAUAAAUCAGGAUACAAGAACGUGUCCAUGAACGUGAUUUAUACCACAUGCUUUCAAUCUACGAAAAAGGAGUGUAAAAGAAAUAGUGAAGCGUCAAAGAGGUUUUUUGAUGAUAUAAUGAGAUCAAAUAUGUCUCCUACUGAGUUUACUUUCAAUAUUAUGAUUGAUUUCUUGUGUAAAGAGGUGGAUUUGGAGACUACAAGGGAGUGUGGGGAGUUGGAAGAAGCAGAAAGACUUCUUGGUGAGAUGAAAAUGGUUGAUUGCAAGCAUGAUGUGAUAAUCUAUACUGCACUCAUUAACUGCCUUUGCAAGUGUAGAAAGGUGCCAAAGUCACUUGGUUACCUAAAUGAGAUGAGGAGGAAUGAUAUAAGACCCAAUGUGGUUAACUUUAGCACUUUUAUUGAUGCAUUUUGCAAGGAAGGAAUGAUGAAUGAGGCAAUGAAGUUCUUUGUGGACAUGAGAAUAAGAGGCUUAACACCCAAUGAGUUCACAUAUACUUCUUUAAUAGAUGGGAAUUGUAAGGCUGACAACCUUAAGGAAGCUUUGAUUGCUGGAUGA